UUUUAACUGUUUUCCAUUUCGUCUCUCUCGCCACCUCCUCCUCUCUUCUCUUUGCAAACUCUGUUUCAAAAACAAAAACACCAAUCAAAGUAGAUCGAGAUCUUGUUUGAUUGAUUUUGUUUCCUUUUUCUUGUAUGAUCUUUCUUUAUAUAUCCUCUACCGUUUCUCUCCUUCUUUAGAAAAAAAAAACACUCGCAAAUGGAGAAGAAACCAGAGUUUACGUUCGACGACGAUGAAGACAGCAGCAAAUACGAGAACGACAGCGAAACUGAUCGUAGCGAUGUCGCAGAUCUUCCUGGUGACGAUGACAACAACAACAACGACGAGGAUACUUUCGUUUCCCAGGUUCAAUGGCCUCAGAGCUUUAGGGAAACGACUGAUUCGUACACGAUAGCUGCAUCACCAAUCUUCGGAUCUCUAAGGAGCAAUCCGAGUUUCUACAAUACGAGUCAAAAGCCGAGUUUCUACAGACAGAGCAGAAGUAAUCUUGAUGUUGAGUCUAAAGCUCCUUUCCUCCCUGAGAGGAACGAAGAAUCCGACAAAGCCUCAGCUGCACAAUCUGUUUGGUCUCGCAGAGGCUCAUUUGCUGAAGAGUUAGCCAUUGGAGGCUACGGCUGCAGCUUAACUCAAACCAUUUUCAAUGCGAUUAAUGUAAUGGCUGGAGUUGGACUUCUCUCAACACCUUAUACACUGAAAGAAUCUGGUUGGGCGGGGAUGGUGAUUCUUGUCUUGUUUGCUGUUAUAUGUUGUUACACUGCUACUUUGAUGAAAGAGUGUUUCGAGAACAAGACUGGCAUCAUCACUUAUCCUGAUAUUGGAGAAGCAGCUUUCGGGAUAUCUGGUCGUAUUCUCAUAUGUGUGCUAUUGUACACAGAACUAUAUUCAUAUUGUGUGGAGUUCAUCAUCUUGGAAGGUGAUAACCUGACCGGGCUUUUCCCUGGUACAUCACUGGAUUGGCUCGGUAUCCAUAUCGACUCUCAACAUUUAUUUGGAAUCUUGACUGCUCUCAUUGUUCUUCCAACUGUUUGGCUGAAGGAUCUUCGCAUCAUCUCCUACCUCUCAGCUGGUGGAGUUCUUGCAAGUGUGUUGAUAGCAUUGAGCACGUUUUUCCUCGGAGCAACGAGCGGGAUCGGGUUUCAUCACACUGGUCAUGCUGUGAAAUGGAAUGGAGUACCGUUUGCUAUUGGUAUCUAUGGAUUUUGCUACUCAGGCCACUCUGUGUUCCCAAAUAUAUAUCAGUCCAUGGCUGAUAAAACCAAAUUCACCAAAGCAGUGAUCAUAACUUUCGCUUUAUGUGUUUUGUUGUAUGGAGGAGUUGGAAUCAUGGGUUAUCUCAUGUUUGGUGAAGCCACUUUAUCUCAGAUUACACUAAACAUGCCAAAGGACUUGUUCUUUUCCAAAGUGGCUCAAUGGACAACGGUAGCGAGUCCGUUUACAAAAUUCGCUCUUCUGAUGAACCCACUAGCUAGGGGUAUAGAAGAAUUAUUACCAGAAGGAAUGCCAGAGAACAUAUGGUGCUUUCUUCUUCUAAGAACAGCACUGGUCGCUUCUUCCGUUUGUGCUGCUUUCCUUAUUCCAUUUUUUGGUCUUGUGAUGGCUCUGAUAGGAUCUAUACUUAGUAUACUUGUGGCAAUAAUAAUGCCAGCUCUAUGUUUCAUGAGGAUAAUGGGUAACAAAGCUACAAGAACACAGAUUAUUCUGAGUUGGAUAAUAGUGGCAAUUGGUUUGGUAAGUGGGACCUUGGGGACAUACUCUUCGGUUGCAAAGAUCAUUAAAAACUAUGAAUGAAGAAGCCACCAUAGUCUCUCUUUUUUUGAGUUUAAUGUUUAUGUUAUGCUAAUAAAAAUCUUCAUUAAGAUUAAUUUGGACUUCAAGUAAUAAGAUUAGUGAAAUUUUUGCUUUCUCAAAGUUGUCAUGUUUGCUUUUUGUAAUUUUAUGUAUUUUGAAAAUACUAUUUUCUUUAUUUUGUGGCCAUAAUUCUUCUGCGUA